ACCAUAUCCUGCAGUAUGUCCAUCCUCUCUUGUAUCGUCCUCUAUGCUCUGUCCAAGAUUAUCAUCUACCUCUUCUUGAUGGAAAAGGUCUACGUCGUCACUGCUGUGGGUUCUACACGAAAAGACUUUCCACUAUACAGAAUCAAUAUGGUCUUGAUGCUACCAUUCGUAGGGAUUCUGGCCCUGAUGUUCAUUUAUAGAGUGUCCAAGGUCAACGAGGUGACAGGGAUCUGUCAAAUUGGUUUGAAACUCGAAGCAACCCUUCCUUUAAUUCUUUACGACACCUCCUUUCUUCCUGGUUGACUGCCUUGUUUAUUCGCCCCCUCAUGAGCUCGACCUCCCUUCUUCAGGGCCCCUCCAAGGGCAAGCUUCGAGAUGUGGCUCGGAGGACAUUAAUGGGAUGUAUCAUUGCUUUGGUCCUUAGUUCCGCAAACGUCUUUACCUUGGUCUACUUCAAAGGAGAAGAAAGAGGCUUAAUUUGCUUGGCCUCUUGUACCUUGGACGUUACCUUGAACGCCAUCACCAUCCAUUGGGUCACCUCCCGUGGAGGUGGGCGCUAUGCUGGAACCGCAAGAUCAAGAGAUCGGCGGGUGGUGAGCGGGCUACCUGGUAUACAUAGCUAUACUGGUGCUGGUCCUGGUACGUACCGUUACUCUGUAAACGAGAAACAGGUCGCACCUUUAGAUUCACAUUUAUCUAUCACAGUCGAGUCAUACGUGGAAGAGUAUCACCAAAUGCACUAUAGCAGCAAUAACAACAGCAACAACACUAAUAGCAACAGCGUCAGCAAAAUCAAUGGCGUAGGAAGCAAAAGCGAUAGUGGCGGUGCUGUGGUAGUGGUAGUGGUAGUGGUAGUGGCAGCAGCAAUGCUAGUAGUAGUAAUGCAAUAGUGGUAAUGGCGGCGGUAUUUCUAGCCAAACACAUUCCUAACAGAAAACCUUGGAGAAAGACAGCAGACUCUAGUGUAUUUGUAUAUCAUAAUUCGACCAUUUCAUGUAACAUUAAAGGC